UGCUCAGCUCAGUUCUUAAUUGAGUUUCGCUAUGUUUUGUUCACGACAAAGUGCGCUUUUGCAAAUUUUUCUUUUACUUGCUGGCGCUCUGGUGUUGUUGCUCCUUUACAGCACUACCGCCGAUGCGUAUUCCGGUCUGAUACCGCCCGAUCCAGAUAAUCCCGGUAAAUGUGUUUAUCGCGGCGACGAGCUAAAGCUGGGCGUAAAUUUGGGCAUUGCACCCUGUCAGCGCCUCACCUGCCAUGAGAAUGGUUCCAUACUAAUUGAAGGUUGCGGCAGAUUACGCAUCGAGAGCUGCAACAAUGGCGAACGCAUCCAUGCGGACAAACCCUUCCCGGAAUGUUGCAAACUGCGCUACAAAUGCAAGAAACCCGACGGCACGCCAUACUAUAUUGAGCGCGAUACAUUCGCCAGCGAGCAGGAGAACAAGCUGAGACGUUAAGGAGGGUUGGCGCGCGGCGACCAGAGAGCGUGGGGGUGGUGGCAGAGAGAGAGAGGGAGAUAGAGCGCGCGAAGGUGGUGGGUGAGAAGACAGGGAGGAAAGCGUUUAAUGGCAGAGCAGUGAUCGCGUCUGAAGUGGGUGCUGCAAGCGAGAGGAAUAAAUAGAGAGAGGGAGAUUAUAGCAGCGUCGCUCAAAGUGGAUUAAAGCUGCUGUUGAAUUCAGUGAAAGAAGGUGGUGUAGGUGGUAGAGAGGACGAGUGGGAGUCUGCUGGCGUUAUAGGCAACAGCGCCGUUGAUAAGGCUUAAGGCACAUUAAAUUUGUGUUAUUUUGUUUUCUUCUUAGUUUGUAGCGUUAUCUCUGUAACCUUAGUUCGUUGAUUUUGUAUUGAUUUCAUUUAUAUGUAUGCACGUA